AUGCCAGCAGCAUCACCUCAAACAGUCAAACUAAAAUCGACCCUCCGCCUCCUCAUCCCUCGUCUUCGCAAUGCACAGAAGAAAGACACCGCCAUCUCCGUGUCGGCACGCCGCGAGAUGGCCGAACUGCUCGCCCAAUCCCGCGAAGCGUCUGCUCGCAUACGCGUUGAGAAUAUCAUCCACACCGACAUCACCGUGGAGCUGAUGGAGAUUCUGGAGCUCUACGCCGAACUCCUCCUGGCCAGAGCAGGACUGUUAGAUGUCAGGGACAAGAACAUCAAAGAAGGCACAGCGCAGGCGGGCGACGAUACUGGGUUGGAGGAAGCGGCAGCGAGCAUCAUCUACUCUGCGCCGCGGUUGCCCCGGGAUGUGCGGGAGCUAGGCAUCGUGCGAAGCAUGCUGAUCGAGCGAUUUGGCAAGGACUUUGCAAUUCGUGCGAACGAGAAUGAGGACAACUGUGUCCCCACACGGGUGGUUGACAAGUUAAAGGUCGAUCCGCCCAGUGCGAAGCUGGUACAGGCAUAUCUGGAAGAGAUUGCGAGGACUUAUGGAGUGGACUGGCCUCCGCAAAGAGAAGGAGAGCAGGUCGAGGCACUGAGUGAGGAAGUCGAUGGUGAGGAUGCUGGCGAUGACGAUGGCGCGGGUGGUGGUACGAAGGAGCCACCUUUGCUUGCGGGCGGAUCAGCACCGACCCCAUCGACGCCAUCACGGCCGAACAAGAUCGACAUUGGCUCUUUACAGAAUGCGACGCCGCCGUCAAGCUUGGAGCCUGGAGGCGCAAAGAGUCCUGUCUCUAUAGCUCCUCCUGGCGCGACAUCUGAAAACCUCAGCCCAAAGGUCAAACUGCCUGGAGGAGGGGAGAUCAGAAAGGGUUUCAAUAAUGUGAAAUCAACACCACCCGCCGGAACGGCAAAAGGAAAGAAUCCAGUUACAGGAGGAGGUGCCGGAGCGGUGCCUGGAAGUGUUCCAACGGUGGAUGAUUUGGCAAAGAGAUUCCAGGCGCUCAAGAGAUGA